AAGCAAUCUGGCUGGCUAACAAUUGGCUAACUUAGCUAACCAGAACAUCACAGCGGACAUGAUAAAGUUAAGGUUACGUAUUAAUUGACUACUAGAUUGCUGUCAAUCCCGUUCUUUUCACAAAUACGAUGGUUUCGGGCUAGUGCGAAAACCUGGGGGAAACAUGAAGUAAUCAGAAGAUCUCCAGUGCUGACACACUUGCCCUUCUUCACAUCAAGUGCAAUCGCCUCAGCUUCUCACUCUUACAACAUCAUGGCUAGCUGUAGAACUAUGCUCCAACUUCCCCGACAGCAGUUAAACUGACUUUCUCACAUGGCUGUUAUUAAUUGAAGUGAAAAAAAAAGUAUUGAUUGUCCAUCCAGAAUCUUGCCUACUUUGACCACACUUGGCCACUGGAAGGCUUUGAUAGUACCGUACUGCUUCAGUCAAGUAGGGGUGAAGAGGCAUUCAGGCAAGCUGCAGUAAAUCUGGAGUUUGACUUCUCAGGUGCAGAAAGAUGCCUACUCACCCACUAAUCCCAUAUAUGGAGAGUUCUGAUGGAUUAGGACAGGACUUUCUCAGCAGCAGCAGUGCCAGUAUGCCUGGUGCUGGCUCCAGCAUGACACCCCAUGCCAGCCUUACACAGAAAAAUGAUGUCCAGGCAGUAGUACCCGCCACCCUUGAAGUGGACUGUAUGUUCUGUGAACAAAGCUUUCAGCAACAAGAAGACUUGGGACCGCAUGUAUUGUCCGAGCACCCCACCACACUAUUUGGCCCGGCUGUUUUACGAGUGGAGGCAGAGUUCCGUACCCCUGGCGAACGGCCACGUCCCAGACAAGAAAAUGUCAGCAGCAGCCCUGUUAGUCUUGAGGAGGCGCCCCUGAGCUGUGUGGUGUGUGGACAGGAAGUGGUAGAUUCAGCUGAGCUGGAGAUCCAUAUGAAGCGCCACAAGGACUGCUACUGCUACUGUUGUUCAAUAUGUGGCCGUCGCUUCAAGGAGCCCUGGUUCCUCAAGAACCACAUGCGUGCACAUGGCAGUAAGGCUCGUGGCCGAACCCUCCAAGAUCCCGAGGGUCCAGUCACUAUCAAUGGAGUUGUGCAGGACCAACCCCCGCCCAGUGUGAUGUCAAGCUACCGGUUGUGCAUGAUCUGUGGAUUUUUCUUUGCUGACAUGAAGGCACUUAGUGAACAUAGCAGAGCACAUUGCCACAAGUUAGAGGCAGGUGAAGAAGGGGAGGAAGGACCUUGUGAAAAGCGUCCAGAAGAUGCUGAAGAGACCCCAACCUGCCAAGAUGCAUUCCUGAGACUGUUCCAGCUGCAGCCAGCAGCUCAGACCUUAGAGCAACAGGGGGCCAGCCGUGGAAUUGCCCUCAACCCUCUCAACACCUACCAGGCCUGGCAGCUGGCCACCAAGGGGAAAAUUAUAGCAGGAGUCAACGUGGCUAAAGAGCUCAGCCCCGACUCCAUAUCAGACAAUGAGGAUUCCUGCUCAGACAAGGAAGAGCUUGGCCGAAUAUGGGGCUCCGGACAAGGUGGAAGAGAGGAGAGAGUUGGGAAGGAUGGCAGUCACAGUCAACUCAAACCCAUUGUAGCUGAGGCGCCAUCUCCAGAACCAGACCACAAAAACCUAAGGAAAGACAAGCCCACACACUGCCAGGACUGUGGAAAGACUUUUCGCACUUACCACCAGCUGGUGUUGCACUCUCGCAUCCACAAGAGAGAGCGGGUCGGAGCGGAGAGCCCCACCCCUUCAUUGGAUGGGAAGGCCUAUAGCACAGGCUCAGCUGACAGCACCGGACUCGACAGAACUGAGGAGUAUGCAGAAGAUGGGUGUGAGGAGGGCCAUCCUGUGCAUACUCUCCUUUCAGAUAAAAAAGAUGAGAAGUUGAAACUGAAGAUUCUUGCACCUUCACGUACAUGCACGUAUUGCAGCAAGACCUUUCGCUCCAACUAUUACCUCAAUAUUCAUCUCAGGACACAUACAGGUGAGAAGCCAUACAAAUGCGAGUACUGUGAUUAUGCAGCGGCACAGAAGACCUCUCUGAGGUACCAUCUCGACCGCCGCCAUAGAGACAAGCCUUACACGGAGAUCCCAAACAUCCCUGUAUCCUCCUUUACCUCAAUACCCGUUACCAAGGAGAAGGAGCCCUUCCACAAGUCCUUCUCCCCUAGUGUUCCCCGCACUGUGGAUGCUAAGCCUGACACCAGUGAUGGUCUGUGUCAGCAAAGCGCCAUGGCCAACUGCAGCUCAGUGGCACAAGUGAAGGCUGAGCCAGCAGAUAGGGUGUCAAAGGUUAUCACAGGCUUGAAGUCUGAAGACAAAGAUGAGGAACUUCUGCAGGCCGAAGGUGGUGAGGAGUGGGGGUCCCCUCUGGACUUGUCCCUGAGAGUGUCCGUGUCAGUGGCCUCUGCCUCUGACCUUUGCAGCCAGCUGCCCACCAACACCUGCCUGUCUUGCCCCUUCAGCUCCCUCUACCCCGAGGUCCUGCUGAUGCACCAGAAGCUCGUCCACAAAGAGAAGUUGGAGCAGAGCAAGCGGCAAACGGGCAGAGCCACCGGCACUGCCCUGAAACUGAAACGCCACACGGGAUGCCCCCCAGCUCUUGAGGGAAGAGAUGUGAGCCCUCUGAUCACCGUGGGCCGCAAGCACCCUCGGAGGACCACGUCUCCCCCACCCCUUCCAGCCCAGCCUCCAAAAACUGUUGGGAAGAGCCAGCCCUUCCUCAACAAAGCCUUUCAGUCUCUGCCGCCUAAAGGCUCCUCUCUGAAAAAGCCAGAACUGGACAGAGAAGGCACCAGGUUGAUUGUUCCACAUCCCGGCCACGUCCACGUCCCUGCUAAACUGGGUGUGGGGCCUGCCGAAUCAUCCUCUGUGGCUGGCAAUAAGCAAGUCGCGAUGCUGCUGGAUCGGGACAGAGGUGCGAGCCACAGGGGAAGUGCUCUGGCCUCAGCUCAGGGCAGUGUGGUGUGGCCUUCUGACGCCGUGCGCCUCUGCCUGUCCAGCAGGUUUGCGCAGCUCUCAAAGAGAGACUACGACGAGCCCGUCACCAAGCGGCUUAAGCAAGGCGACUCGGCAUUCGACCUGCCUGGAGCCAGACGGCCACCAGAGGAGCACCCUCAUCAUCAUCACCUGCCCCCAGACCUGGGCAGGGUCAGCGUGCUGCCACAGGGCAACGGGGCCUCCACCACUGGCCAAGGAAACAAAAUGGCCCCCUCUGUGGGUACAGCGCCUCGAGACUCCGACUGGAGCGUGAUCAGCCUGCUACGUUCCUACACCCCCAGUGACUUGGCCUCAGUGUAUCGCAGCAGCCCCAACCAUGCUAACCCACAUGGCACAGUGGGCAGACCCUUGCUGUACCCUCAGUACCCCGGCAGCCUGCUGCAGAGGCCAGAGCACCCCCAGGCAAGCCGGCAGGAGCCCAAGCACAGCCGCCCCUCGGAGAAGAGCUCUUAGCACUCAUCAUGGUCUUUUGUGUUCAAACCACUCUCCUACUUCAAAUGCAACUGGAUGGAAGACUUGCUCCUCCCCUAACAAGCUGUGAUCCUUUUUGUGUGUGCACAUAUCUCACUAAAUGAGAUGUUUUGGACUCUUGAGUAGUUUUGUGAUUUUGUCGUUGUGAGUGGAUAAACAUUGUAUGGUGGAGAGAUUGGUUUACUGGUGUGGUUGGAAGCGUAUACUUUCUCAGCCUAUCCUCACUGCUACUUACUUGGUUAGGAGUAUAGUUUAUAAACAGCAGAAAGUGGGCACCUCUUUUGAAGGCCUUAUACCAUGAACAUUGAAUAUGGCCAUCUUUGGAAGAAGGGUAGCUUUAGAGAAUGGUCCAGCCAACUAAAAACAUGAACAUUCAUGAUGGGUGGAUGAAUGGAACAUUCAUGAUGGAUGCCAAAUCUCUUGAUCAUCUCGUUACAAAAUGAAGCUUUAUGUGCACAGUCUAUUGUAAUAAUGUUAAAUCAACGGAAGUGUUUCUAUUAUUCUAUUCAGUUAGAUGGCUAUGUAGGUUUGAGGUGAGGUUUACCAGAAUUUCAUUUAGUUUAGGUAUGGAGUGGAAAAGAACAAAAUAAGUCCACUCUUUUCCAAUGCAUAAUAAUGUUUUCACUCUGGUUGAAACGUGUCUUUGUGUGUGUGUGUGUGUGUGUGUGUGUGUGCGUGGUACAUGGUCAGCUGAGCAGAAAUUUUGAUUGUUUAUCUUGUGCACACUCCAUUUGUCCAAAAACCCGCAACGGUUUCUUUUUGCUCUGAUCUGGAUAAGAGAAUGAAAGUAUAAAAAACCUGUACGAGUCUCCCUGAGCUCCAGCUCUGAUUCCAUCGGCACUUUUGGAAGAUCCCAUGUUGGUGUUGGUUCACCAGAAGCACUGUGGCUACAUCUACAGGGACCCAGGUUGGCUGUUGGCUGCCUUAGGGGCAGGAGCAGUCAUGUUUUUUUUUUUUUUUUUCUCAGGCCUGUGAUCAGAGAACUUUAUUUGCAUUUAAUUUAAAGUCUAUCUGUUACACAUCUGAAUGAUUGUGAUAUGGUGUUGUCAUUUUUUUUGUAUGUAUAUUUAUUUUCAUCAUGUGGUGUUUUUUUUUAUUUGUCAACAUGGGCCAAUCUCGGGGAAUGUAUGCUUGCUAUUGUCUGUGUAAUUAAGGUGGUGCAAUGUAUGCUUAUCUCCAGUUCGUAUAAGCAUACAGUCGUGUCAUGUCUUAGGCAUUCAUCCAUCAAUGUCCUAUCUCAGUCUUCUUAGAGUCUGAUUUAUACUUGAAACCAAUGUGCAUCAAUUUUGCGAGGGGUAUUUCUGUUUUCACUGUUGUUUUUGAUGGAUUCUCACUGUAAUGCUGCCCAAAAACCAAGAUGGCAUGGUACAGCAUAAGGAGCCUGGCAUAGACGUUACUCUGAUUAGACUGAUUAACUACUGAGGUACCGACUGAUGGCAUGGCAACAGGUACGGUUUACUGGAUAGGGGGUCGACAGUUUGACCCUGCGCUGCUUGGAUGUUUGAAUUGUGUUUGUCUUUAAAAGGUCAUUGCCUGGACUGUUGCUAACUUUUGAUAACUUUUUUCUGUUUUAACCACUCUGUUGCGACUUCCACAUCUUUUCACCAUCAGUCCUGGUAAAGAAUGCAUAGUAUUAUUUUUGUUUGUCUUGACAUGGCACUUUCAUGAGGCUAAUUGUGUGGGUGUCCUUUUUUAUUUUAUUUUAUUUUGUUUUAUUUUAUUUUCCCCCCCUCUCUGCUGUAUGUGGUGUUUUUUCUAGAAUGAUACCAAAUCAUCUUUUGGCCAGCUCUAGAAUUCUUGUGUAACUCUUAUGUGAAUUUAGGUGGAAAGGGCAGUAAUGAAUUUCCCAUUUUAAAAUAAAAAUGGGAUUUUGUAGAUUUUGUCACUUUGGAUCAAAUAGAUUGUGUUGUGUUUAAAUUACUAGAGUUUUGUUUGAUCGGUAAUGUCUGGAAUGGAUAUGAGGCAGCGAUUCUGGACUGUCAGUGUUGUACACUGAUGGCUUUUGAAUACAUUUUUGUCUUGGGGACCACUUGAGUAUUAUUUCAUUGUUCCUGUGACAUUCUGUAAUCCUCUCAAAGCCUUGUAUAUGUUUAAGCAGCUGUGGUUGUAUUGGUUUUUGUAAAUAUUCCUUCAGUUUUGAUACAUUUUCCUAGGGGUACCUUCAGCGUGUCAUCUAUGUACACGUGUUGUUCUGCACAAGGCAUCAGGAUCCACACAGAUAUCUGUGAGUGGUUGGUGUGGAGGAAAGACAUUUCAGAAAUUGGUAUCAAAGUGUCAAGUCAUGUCAAUUAAAAUGAUAGAAGCUGUAUUGAUUUAACGUUUAAAUGUUUUUUCAGCCUUAAGACCAGUCCAUCAUGUCAACUUUUGCCAAUGAGUAAUGCAAUUGAUUUGGUCUACAAUUCCUUCUUUUAUAUAAAAAAAAAAAACAGAAGAAAUGACCACGUGGUGAUAAUGGUGUGACUAAGAUGAAGUUGGAAAUAAAUAUGGAGACUUAA